AUGAAGGUUAUCGCCUCUAUGUUACAGUGGGUCGUCGUUAUCGCCUCCAUAUUGUGCUACGUCGGAGUGAUCGAAUGUAGGAACACUACUGCAGGGAACCAAAGCACCACGACAACUACAGAGUCGACGACUACUUCAGCUACAACACUGACUAGCGAAACGACGACCACUUCAGGCACGACAACGACUACAGAGUCGACAACUACUUCAGGCACCACGACAACUACAGAGUCGACGACUACUUCAGCUACAACGCCGACUACUUCAGGCUCAACGACGACUACAGAGUCGACAACUACUUCAGGUACACCGACGACUACAGAGUCGACGACUAUUUCAGGCACAACGCCGACUAGAGAAACUACGAUUACUUCAGGUACAACGUCGACUACAGGGUCGACGACUGCUUCAUCUAAAACGCCGACUAAUGAAACGACGACUACUUCAGGUACAACGACGACUACAGGGUCGACGACUACUUCAGCUAGAAAGCCGAAUAAUGAAACGACGGCUACAUCAGGUACAACGACGAGUACUACACCUACAACGACGAGUGUAGAAACGAAGUCUGUUUUACACCAAACGAGUGACACCAAGACAAAUGAAGCCACACCGCGAACACCUGGAGCAUCCGAAGUGAACCCUUCCCCAGAAGAGUCUGGCGGAGCACUCUUCAAAGUUCCUCCAUCAGAUAAUUCGUCAUCGACGAUCGUUCUCUCGUUCCUAAGUCUGCUCAUCUUCCUGGGACUUGCUGCAUAG